GGCGGACGCCAUGUUGGAUGCUCCGCUGUGAGCGAAAAAUCCUCCCCCGGCACCGCGGCCUUCCCCCACCGAGUCCCCAUGCGGAGAGCCCGCUGAGACGUCACGUCCGUUUGUCACGGAGACCGGCCGCCCCGCCAUGAGUCUGCCGCAUAAACCGGCACUCAAACCCGCGGCCGUGCCACCCGGAGCCGGGAGCGGAGCCGUGCUGGUGGGGCCUCCUCCUUCCCCAAGUGGCGCCCCGAGCCCGGCCGCCGCCCCGCACCCCGGUAUACGCGCUACUAUGCUGUCAUGGAACGGGUCAAAGGAGCUAAGUUUCAAAAACGGAUACCAAAAGAGAAUUUCAAGGGGAGCCCUGACACAGAGUCUCGAUGAGCGCAUCUUCCCCCCCUCUGCAGUUUCUGUUUAUAGCACUGUUGCGGCACAGGUAGCGAGGCAGCCGGGACCACCGGCUCCAUCACCGUACUCUACACAUGACUUAAACAAGGGGCACCCAAAUCUGGCUGCAACCCCUCCAGGCCAUGCAUCUUCCCCAGGACUAUCACAGUGUUACAACGCCCCACCUGGCUACUUCAUAAUACCACCCAGCGUGCAAAAUGUUCUGGCCUCCUAUGCCUCUGGACAGAAUGCAUCGGCUCCCACUCUGGUCUAUCCUCAACCACCGCAGACAAUGAGCACUCAGCCUCAGAACCGAUCUCCGUUUGCAGCUGGACCCAGACCGACCCAUCACCAGGGAGGAUUCAGACCUAUCCAGUUUUUUCAGAGGCCACAAAUACAGCCUCCCCGGGCGACAAUCCAGAACAGCAGUCCUUCCAUCCGACCGGGUGCUCAAACUCCAACGGCAGUGUAUCAGACUAACCAGCACAUCAUGAUGGUUAACCAUCUUCCCAUGUCAUAUGCAAUGCCACAGGGUCCUCAGUACUGCAUCCCCCAGUACCGACACAGCACCUCUCCCUAUGUUGGCCCCCCUCAGCAGUACCCUGUUCAACCUCCUGGUCCUAACCCGUUUUAUCCAGGUCCUGGGCCUGGGGAAUUCCCUCCUACCUACGGAACUCCCUUCUACACAAGUCAGCCCGUAUAUCAGUCAGCACCCAUCAUAGUGCCUACACAGCAACAACAGCAGCAACCGCCGCCACUUCCCACCAAAAGAGAGAAAAAGACGAUCCGCAUCAGAGACCCAAAUCAGGGAGGAAAAGACAUAACGGAAGAAAUCAUGUCUGGUGGUGGAAGUAGGAACCCUACGCCCCCCAUCCUUCGGCCCAACUCUACGCCAACACCCCCUCAUCUGCCUAGCCAGGCUCCUGAACACAGCCCUGUGGUGUAUGGGACUGUAGAGACCACUCAUCUCACUGCCAGCAUUCCUGUCCCUGCUGCCAGCGAACUGAAACAAGAGGAGAAGCCAAAACAAGACUCUGUGUUAAAAUCAACUCCUCCAACUUUGCAACUUGAGCCUAUGGACACAGAGAAAAUUGAUAUACUUGGGCUUGUCUCAGAAUCUGCCUCUUCAGACAUUAGACCCGAGCUGCACCCGGCUUCUUGUCUUCUGCCAGUUGUACCAGCAGCUCCUGUUGUAGUAGCUACAACACCGGCCUUCCCCUGUGAUCUAGAGGGCACUGGUCAGAGGGACAGUACUGUUGAGGAAUGUACCCCUCCUCCUAUCACGGAAUUCUUGGAAGAUACAGCCACAGAAGAGACUGAGGAUGAGCUAUGCAAGGAUCCUCUGGGGCUACCGGUGCCUGCUGUUACUCCAGUGACUGCUAGUGCUUUGCCGGCUCAGGAAAUUAAUGGCAUAAGUGAAGUUAUUAAUGCAGUGGACAGUGUUCUUGGGGAAAAAACAGUGCUUAGAGAUUCUCUUUCAUCUGAGGUGUCAGAGUCCGCACCGGCAUCCCCCACAGAAUCAAACAUUGAAUGCACUUCUCCUUCCAACGUGCCUCUUUCAUCCCCAGCUUUGUCUGUCUCCCCACAACCUGACUCUCCACCACCUCCUCACAUAGCUGCUACACUUUGUACCACUAAAACCUCUCCUCCUGCCACCACUCUUCCAACCGCUGGCCAGGAGGAAGUGGAGGAACAGGAGGACGCCAUGAUAGAUGGCGCUGGAGAUAUACAGAGCAGUGGAAAGUUUGAGACAGACAUUGAGUUGGACUCUGGUGUUAAACUUCUGAGCUUUACUUCAAGGAAAAGUCUUGCGGAAGCUCAAACAGUUGUAACGUCACCAAAGAUGUGGAAGAAAGUACCGGAUGGAAGUUCUGACAUUGACGAGACUUUCCAGCUGGACGCAGAGCCACAAGAAGACAACAGUAUAUUAGAGGAAAAAGCUGGGGAAUUGGAGCAGGAUCAGAUGAGCUACAGCAGUGGCCCCACAGAGACUGAGCCCCCUUACACUAAUGCCAAAUCACCGGAGGAAAACGGAGAGGCAGAGCCAGUGCGUAAUGGGGCAGACGUUUCUGAGGUUGAUGGGGCGGAUUUCCCAUCAGGCCCCGAGAAAGGCUUGUCACACACACACAAAUCAGGAAGCACCCCAGUAGAACAGCCUUCUGAAGCUCCUCAGGAUCCACCACGAGAUCACAGUGAAGAACCAGGAGGGAAGAAGCAAUAUGACCGGGACUUCCUGCUAUCAUUUCAGUACAUGCCAGCUUGCGUCCAGAAGCCAGACGGCCUGCCCCCCAUCAGCGACGUGGUCCUGGACAAAAUUAAUCAACCAAAAUUGCCCAUAAGGACCCUGGACACUCGAAUGUUGCAAAGAGGGCCAGAUUUUACCCCAGCCUAUGCGGAUUUUGGAAGACCAAGCCCUGGAGGUCGUGGCGUACCUCUUUUGAAUGUCGGUCCGAGGCGUUCUCAGCCAGGCCAAAGGCGAGGAGAGCCCAGGAAAAUCAUAAUGAACAUUUCAGUGACGGACGACGUGCACCUUAAGAAGUCGGAGAAUGCCUGGAAACCCGGCGUGAAGAGGGAAGGUCAGCCAGAUGACCCCGACAACGUCAGAACCCAGGCUCUAUUUCGUAAGGUCCGGAGUAUCUUGAAUAAAUUGACCCCUCAGAUGUUCAACCAGUUAAUGAAACAGGUGACAGAUUUAACUGUUGACACAGAAGAACGUCUCAAAGGAGUAAUUGACUUGGUCUUUGAGAAAGCGAUUGAUGAACCGAGCUUCUCAGUGGCCUAUGCCAACAUGUGCCGAUGCCUUGCUACGUUAAAAGUUCCAAUGGCUGAUAAACCUGGGAGCACAGUAAAUUUUCGCAAGCUGCUUUUAACCGUUGUCCAGAAGGAAUUUGAGAAGGACAAAGCUGAUGAUGAUGUAUUCGAAAAGAAGCAGAAAGAUCUGGAGUUAGCUAAAACGCCAGAGGAAAAGACGGCGGUUGCAGGACGAGUUGGAAGAAGCCAGGGACAAGCUCGGAGGAGAUCAAUUGGGAACAUCAAGUUCAUAGGAGAGCUCUUCAAAUUGAAGAUGCUGACCGAAGCUAUUAUGCAUGACUGUGUAGUUAAGUUGCUUAAAAACCAUGACGAAGAAUCCCUAGAGUGCCUUUGCCGGCUGCUCACGACCAUUGGCAAAGACCUGGACUUUGAGAAAGCGAAGCCUCGAAUGGAUCAAUAUUUUAACCAGAUGGAAAAGAUUGUAAAAGAAAGAAAAACAUCAUCUCGUAUACGGUUUAUGCUUCAGGAUAUAAUAGACCUUAGACUGUGUAACUGGGUGUCAAGAAGGGCAGAUCAAGGCCCUAAAACUAUUGAACAGAUUCACAAGGAGGCUAAAAUUGAAGAGCAAGAGGAGCAGAGGAAAGUUCAACAGCUAAUGACCAAAGACAAGCGAAGACCAGGAGUUCAGAGAGUGGAAGAAGGUGGAUGGAAUAUGGUUCAGGGGGCUAAGAAUAAUCGGGUGUUGGAUCCUACCAAGUUUUUGAAAAUCACAAAACCCACCAUAGAUGAAAAGAUUCAGCUGGUCCCUAAGGCUCAACCUGGUAGUUGGGGAAAAGGGAGCAGUGGAGGAGCAAAAGCCAGUGAGACAGAAUCUUUGCGACCAGGGGCCUCCAGUCUGAACAGGUUCUCUCCACUGCAGCAGUCAGCAGCUCCGGUGCCUUCAUCCACUGCAGUCUCUGAGCUGGACCCCCGCAGGACGUUGACAAGUCAUGGAAGCACAGGGCGUGAGAAGAAUGAUAAACCUACAGCACCUUCUACGGGUCCUCCUGCUGUGCGACCCGGCUCGUUCCUGAGAGGCAGCAGUGGCAAAGAGCUAAUUGACAAUCAGGAAGAACUGCGCAGGGAGACGCUGCAGACCGUGAAACAUCUGAUGGCAAACACAGAAAUGGAAAAGAACACUGGGCUUGAGCGCAAAGUCAAAGAACCUGCCAAGUCUGAGACUCCUGAGCUAGAGAAGUCAUCGCUGUCAGAAGAGGAGAUGGAAAGGAAGUCAAAGGCGGUCAUAGACGAGUUCUUGCAUAUUAAUGAUUAUAAGGAAGCCAUGCAAUGUGUAGAAGAGCUUGGGUCCCAUGGUCUGCUUUCCGUUUUCGUCCGCGUAGGUGUGGAGUCCACCUUGGAGAGAAGUCAGAUAACCAGGGAUCAUAUGGGACAGCUUCUGUACCAGCUUGUACAAUCGGGCAAACUGAGUAAGCUGGACUUCUUCAAAGGGUUCUCUGAGACGCUAGACCUGGCAGAUGAUAUGGCAAUUGAUAUUCCACACAUCUGGUUGUACCUGGCCGAACUUGUGACCCCUAUGUUAAAAGAAGGAGGAAUCUCUUUGAGAGAACUAAUAACAGAGUUCAACAAAGCUUUGCUCCCCGUGGGGCGUGGAGGAGACUUGCUGUGUGAAAUAUUGCACCUUCUAUGCAAACAAAUGAGCCAUAAGAAAGUAGCAGCUUUGUGGAGAGAAACUGGCUUAAAAUGGAAAGACUUGUUACCUGAAGGGGAGGAUGUACAGAGCUUUGUGAGUGAGAAGCAGAAUUUGGAUUUCACGUUGUCGGACUCCUCCAGCCCCUCUGACAGUGUCUCUAAAAAGGAAAUGUCAGCAGAAGAGCUGAACAAGCGUCUCGAGGAGCUCAUUAUAGAAGAAAAGGCAAACGAUGAACAAAUAUUUGACUGGGUAGAGGCUAAUUUAGAUGAAUUCCACAUGAGUUCGCCUACAUUCCUUAGAGCUUUAAUGACAGCAGUGUGCAAAGCGGCAAUUAUAGGGGAUUGUUCUUCCUGCCGUGUGGACACAACCUUUCUAAAGCAGAGAGUUCCGGUCUUAUUUAAGUACCUGGACUCAGACACAGAGAGGGAACUACAAGCACUUUAUGCACUACAAGCAUUGAUAGUAAAACUUGAUCAACCUCCCAAUUUGUUACGCAUGUUUUUUGAUUGCCUCUAUGAUGAAGAGGUUAUUUCUGAGGAUGCCUUUUACAAGUGGGAGAACAGUAAAGAUCCCGCGGAACAAAACGGGAAGGGCGUAGCACUAAAGUCAGUCACAGCCUUCUUCACGUGGCUACGAGAGGCCGAAGAGGAGUCGGAGGAUAACUAGAAACUUUAAUCAAAUUACAUUACACAGACCCUUGUGCAGUCUCUUCCCGCUCAAAGAAAAGAUGCACUGCAAAGAACAGUCUCAGCAUCUUUAUAAACACUUUUUUUUUUUUUUUUUUUUUUUCCCCUAAUCAGGGUACAAGAAAGCAGAUAAACACAAUAAAAUAAAUGUGGGGUGGUAAACAAGAAAAAAAGGAAGAAAUAAACUGUGUCCAAAUGGGGUGAAGAAAAUGGUUACCCAAAAAAUAGUUUGACAGAGGUAAUCGUGGAAAUAAAUAAAGCGCCUCAAGAUAAAUUGUGAAACUGUGACCUCUAAUACAGUUGUGGGAUGGGACUACAUUCCCACAUGCUAUUUAUAUAACUAAAUGUUUUCUAUUUUAAAUCCCCCCCCCCUUAAUUUUUUUUUUUUUUUUUUUAAAGCCGAAAACAAUUAAAGACUUGCCCUUAAAAAGCAAAGAUCAUUUCAGAAGAUAAAUGAAACUAAUUUAUUACUUUAUGGACUGUAUAUGCCAAUUUUUCAUUUAUAUUUUUCUCCUUUCGUUUAAUUUGCGGAAUUCGUUUAAAAAAAAAUCUUAUGCUCAAAAUUAUGGAGGAAGCCAGGAAAUCAUCCUCCUUCGCAAUGUAGCUUAUGUUUUAUACAAAAAAAGCAGAUAAAGGUAUGUUCUGUUUAAACAAAGGGUCUUAUGGUCAGUAAAUUGAUUUAUGCUUGAGAUUGUUCUCUGCAAUAAAUAGCACCUUGGAGUAUGGAGGAGCAACAUGAAGCUUUUGAAAUGAACUAAAGAUGUGUUCUCAUAUGCAGCUGCUUUUUUUAUGUGUGUCCCCCCCAAAAAAAGGCAAAAAUGUGUAGUGCUUCACUAUCAACUACUACAGAAGUCAUUCAUAACAAUCAAGUAUGGCAUUCAAAAACAUGUUAGUAGUGUGAAAUGCAGCAGCCUAUAUGUGCCUAAGUGGGUGCAGUAAUUGAGCACAGUGGCAUGAAACUAAAACACUGUUCUUGGAAUUUUUUGGCGAUUGUCUGCACCUGGAGUUAUAUGAAUAGAUUAUCUAUACUACCAGUUGGAGAACUUGCAGGAUUACUGAUAGGGGUAAUUUAUCCUGCAUCCCUGUGUUUCCAAGCCACAGCUUCAAGACUUCCAUAGUAAUUUUUUGCAUUUUUAAUUCACCAUUUCAGUGCCACUAUGGGUUAAGGAGCAUAGUUAUAAUAUAAGGGUUAACGGUCGUUCAGUAUUUAACAUCUGAUCUACUCUCUUACCUUCUGACUUGGUUUCUGCAGAAAAAUAAAACAAGUUAAAAUUAAAGCAACCAUACAUAAGACUCAGAAGGCAAUGCCAAUGGUGUUGAAUUAGGCGUAGAACUAAUUGAAGAGGUUUACCUAUAUGGUAUAAAUAAUGCGGGUGGACAAAUGUCUGCAUAAGGUUUUAUAGUACAGUUUACCUUGUGACUUCAUUGUUACUACUGUGAUGUGCAAAAUAAAAUUAUGUAGGCUGUCCCAGGCAGGAGAAGUAGAGAGGGCUUCCAAGAAGGAAGGAAGGGAGCUGGAGAUGAAGACCAGCUGCAAAUGAUAACAGUAAAUUUUAGCCUAUGAGAUUGCAAAUGCUUUUAUUUUAACUUGUAUUUCUUUUUAGUUUAGCCUGUAUUCCUAUGGAAAGGGCUAAUAAAAUAACCAUUAUUUGGUCCUCACCAUA